AUGAUGGGGACGGAGAUGCAGGACGGUAGUACAGACGGUCAGCUUGAGUCGUCGUCGCGGUCGCCAGCGAGGAGUUUUCACAAAGGCGGCACGAGGUCUGGCUUGCUUGCCCAGCCGCCCACCAUGAAGCACAUCGUCGCCGUCGGCGUCUGCUACUUGGACACUAUCCUAGGCUUACGCGGCUCGGCUCGGGGUGUGGUGUUCAGUGUCCCGUACUUCCCGGAAGAAGACUCGAAACUUCGAGCGACCAGCUCGCAGGUCCGGCGUGGGGGCAACUGCGGCAACACGCUCGAGGUUCUCCAGCAGCUUCUGCAAGGCGGAGAAGCGAGUGGUGGUGGAGACAUCAGCAGUGGCAGCAGCAGCAAAACAGGUGCGGUUCAUACGCAACUGCAUCUACUGAGCCCGCUGCCAGACGCAUCGUCACCGGCCGCGGCACAAAUUCUCGGCUCAUUCGAGAGCGGCGGCGGCGGCGGCUGCUUCAUCGUGGGCUCGGAUCUAUGUCUGCAUCGCGUCGGCAUGACUCUGCCUGCUAGCAGCUAUAUCAUCCGCAGUGAAGCCACGGGGUCCAGGACCAUCGUCAGUCAGGUUCCGCUGGCCGAGAUGACCAAGGACGAGUUCGCCGGGGCAGUCGCCGCCUUUGCCACCUCUAACUCGGACGAGACCGCGCAAGACCAGUCAUGGUGGCACUUUGAGGGGCGGAUACCCGAAACGACGCUCUGGUGCAUCCGCCAUCUGCGGUGUGUGCUGCCGUCAGCCACCGUCAGUGUCGAGGUCGAGAAGCCGGGUAGGGAGGGACUGCCGGAACUCGCUGCAGAAGCCGACGUUGUGUUCUAUUCCAAGUCACCGCCCUGGAGGAGGAAGGGCGAUGGAGGGACAGAGUCUCGAGGAUAUCGCGGCCCUGAGCAGUGCCUUCGCGGCGAGGCGCGGUCGUCUCAUGCGUACGUCAACAGGAUUACUGCUAUCCCCCUCCCCUGUGCCGUGCCCACCAAUCCGACCUCGUCGUCACCCCCGGCGGGGAAGCGGCCAGCCGCUCCGCGGGGAGAGAGAGAGGGCGAGAGAGCCAAGAUUUGGCGGGCAUAUGGCGGUGUCGUUGACGCUCGAGGUGCCUUCUUGGUCACUAGGUCCCGCCUCUUCGUCACUUGGGGCGCCGAGGGGGCCUCUGCAUUCGCGACGCACGGCCGAGAUUACCACUGCUGCGCGGUGAAGGAUGUCGCAGCCGGCGACUACAGGGUAGUGGAUAACAUGGCGCCUGGCGCACCCCCCUCCCCCUGUGGGCGGGCGGGCGGCGACGCGGGCGGUGGCAGCACAAUCGGGGCCGGUGACACGUUCAUAGCGGGGGUCAUCUUUGACCUGUUUUGCAGGGACGGGGACGAGGGCCGGGACUUGCAGGACACGCUGCGAUUCGCUGUCGGGCUGGCGACUCGCAAGGUCCAGAUCGACGGCUUCGGGGGCCUGGGCGGCGGAGGACGAGCUGGGUGCGAGUGA